AUGGGCUUUAUGGGUCAUAUUGGGUAUCCUAGAGACCGUUUUCCAAUACUUGUGAAAAAUAUUUUGCCACAUUUGAAUGCACUUUGUUCGCUCGAUUUGGGUCAAGAUACUGGAUUCGGCCUCACAAAUUGGUACGUUACUACAAUACAAUGUCCUCUCAAGUAUCUUCGUGUGCCGAUGGAACACAUUCCACAUUUAUGCCAUGUUAUGAUAAGAGAGACACUUUCAAGUACAUCAGAACAAUUCCAUUUCGAUCGUUACCCAUUGGUUUACGAUGUUUGGCGCACUUUACCAUGGGCAUUGGGCCAAUUCUUCGACUCCGUUGAACCGAUUCAAUAUAUAACUACAGUAGAAGUAUUUUCUCUGUCUCCUUCGUACUCAUCCAUUAUUAGUUCAUCUCGACUCCGUACACUUAGUAUAUCAAAAAAUGAUUCAUUACCAUCGGUUAUUUCAGUGCGUCAUGUUGUGCAACUAGAUCAUAUUAACAUAGUCCAUUUAUCAUUUCAUGAUUGGCCAGUUGGUUUAAAUCUUCUGGCUAUUCGUCGUAUUUUACAUUGA